GAUGUCGUGGAACCUUGCCGAGUAACCGCCGUGAUAUGGAAAUCAGCGUGCCACCUCCCAACAUCACUUUUUCUGCACUCCUAGGUAUAAAGGUCUGUCGCCUUUAAAGUCAUUACCGACUUUAGCUAAAGCACGAUACUACUAGGGCAUCAUCGGCAGCGGCUUCAACCCCAGGAUAGGCGUCUACUGGUUUGCAUUAGUGCUAGGCUCCCAGCAUGAUGAGCAGCAAAAAGGAUGGCAGAUUAACGGCUCAUUUCAGGCAACAAACGAAACCCUCGACCACCGGCCCUAAGACUAGGCUUGGGAAGCGUCAAAGGGCUCAAGAAGACGACAAGCCAGACCCUGAAGUACUAUCUAGAAGCAUUGGUGAAGGCGCUGUGUCUCGCGCGGACCUGACCGAGGACGAGCAGAAGCUUCGGAAAUUCGACCUGCAAACGAAGUUCGGUCCCUGCGCCGGCCUCACAAGACUCGAACGAUGGGAGCGGGCGCAGAAGUUCGGGUUAGCGCCGCCGGAGGAGGUGCGGGACAUCAUCCUGGCGCUGGGCGGCCCAGGCAGCCCGGCGGACCGCAGCCUGUGGCACCAGCGCAUCUGAGGGCGGCAGGGGGCGUGUUAUUACCCUUAUUAGGGGGGGUAUUGGGAGGGAUGAAGCUGCGGAUCGCUAGGGAGUGACGGCAGCAGCAGCAGUAGCAGUAGUAGUAGCAGUCGCAGGGCCCUUCCCGCACUGGGAGGGGGCACCGGAGGGGCCGUCGGAGCGCGACGAAGGGGUAUGUGAGGUGCGGUCCGCGAAGAGCCAGCAGGGGGCGGGGUUGGCUGGUUAAUUGUUGAGGGGGGUGCUGUGGUGUGAGUCCACCCAAACAGAAGCUUACAUUGCGCAGCAGCAGCAGCAGCAACAACGCUUAGCGCAACAUUGCGUGUAGACGGGGAUCCUGUCUGUUUACUCCCUCUGCUUUGGUUUGCCGCUGUGGAGGUUAAUUUCCGUGGAGCAGAGUUGGUACAUACUACACAGAAGAACAUGGGAAGGCUUUGUAGCAUACCGGUACGUGUGGAUCACUUUAUCACUGUGUUUUUGUAGGAUUGUUACGCUCUUCCUGAGGUGGUGUGCGGCGGGAAUGCUGUGUGAGGCGCUACCCUGUUACCUGUUAGCGCACAGCAGGGCACGGGAGCUGCCGGAGGUCGGCGUGAGCGAAUGACAGAGCUCAGGGUUCGAGUGGGUGUUGCGCGCUUUUGUAUCUGUUGGGUUGCGCAUCGUUUGGCGGCAACGUCAGAGCCAACAUAGUCAGGGAACAAAAUGUAGGUUGAGGUGUUUGACGCGUACAUUGCUGCGGGUUCUUCCUUUGGUAACCAUGUUGAGUAUCCAUUGCAACCCUUUGUGUGGUUGAAAACGCCAAUAUUACUGGGGCUUGGCCUGUGAAUCAUAUUGUCAGACGUGUUACGUACGCAUUGUGUGUAACGGAGAUAUACCGGUACUGUGCGCAUGUGGUGGUUGGCCUGGUUUGGCAAGCAAAGUCCAACAAUUACACCAUGUCAACGUGCUGGGAAUUGGAUGGCUGGGAAGCCUUUGCGUGAACGCUAUAAUGGGGAAUAAAUCAGGCUGUAAAGCUGUUAGCGAGUGCUGGAAACGGCUGUCUGUACAUGCUCGAUGCUAAGCGACGGUUGGUUGGGCGGCCUUUGAACAACAAUUCUCACGAAAUUAGCCGCAUGUAAAUAUACGUGUAGGAAUUGGUACCUUCUUGAACAAUGGUUGCCUCAUAUUUUGAGAUGGCCAGGAUUUUGUAGAACC